GGGGAUCUGCUGUACACGAAGUAGGAGAAUCUGAAUUUCCCCUGGAUGUGGACCAAUCAGGAUACGGGAAAUGUGUAUAUAGGGAGCAGUGCUGUCUCCCUGCACUUUACAAUUCCAGUCGAAGAGAUAGACCGUGCAACUUCUCAUCAUGAUCAAAUUCAUCACCCUGGUGGCUCUGGCUUUCUCCGCUGUCAAUGCAGUGUCUGUCAAAUUCACCACAUGCAGAACACCACAGGCUGUACAUGGUCAUCUGAGCACUGUGGACGUGAACCCCUGCCCGGCGGAACCUUGUCCACUUCCUCAUGGCAAAAACAUAACACUCACGGCCACCUUUACCCCGAAGAUUAACUCUACCACCUUCAAAUCGGUUGUCCACGGGAUCAUUCUAAGUCUGCCUGUUCCGUACACCGUCCCCAUGGGGUCAAUGUCGGGACCGAUUGAAGCAGGAAAGGAGAUCGUAUACACCAACUCCCUCUACGUGUCCCCGCUUUAUCCUCAGCUUCGCCUUACUGUGGAGUGGGAGGUUCGUGAUGAUCACAACAGAAAUCUGUUCUGUUUCUAUCUUCCUGUUCAUAUAACCAGUCAUUAAAAGCUAAAACAUGCAUGUAGAAGUGUGAGAGAAAAUAUUUGUCUGAAUAAACACAUAAUUCAUU